AUGCAAGAGCUGGAUGUGUUAAUAACACAGCCCUUUUGGAAGGGGUUGUUCCUUGCAAAAUCGGGAAAGCCGUGUGAUGUUCACACGGUAGACCUCGUAAAUGAAUUGUGUGAUUUGGGAACUUAUAUUUCCAAGAAGGAGGACAAGUGUUUUGUUUCGAAAUUGAGAGGCAUCUCCAUCCCGUUUACCGUCCCAUUUGAAGCCUCGAAAGCCGCAAGCCUCGUAUCAUCCGCUCAGGCUGGCCAGCCUAUGCUCUCGAGAGAUUUACGUGCUCUGGUCUGGACGUUGGGAUGGCGGUCCUACACUUCGAGGACGUCCAAUCAUCGGUCGCUUGCACGGAAUACCGCCAAGCCCAAUGCUGAUUGGUAA